AUGAAACUCUUUCAAACAAAAGUUAGAUUUUUAGGUCAUGAAAUUGACCAAGGAACAAUAAUUCCUAUACAAAGAAGUAUUGAAUUUGCUUCAAAAUUCCCCAAUAUUAUUACAGAUAAGAAACAAUUACAAAGAUUUCUUGGUAGUCUUAAUUACAUAGCAGAUUAUUAUAAAAAUCUUGCUAAAGAUACUGCCAUAUUACAUACUAGGCUUGGAAAAAAUCCUGGCCCUUGGACUAAUAAACAUUCUCAGGCAGUCCAACGAAUUAAAAAUAAGGUUUAA